UUCUUUUGAAGAGGCCGUUUAGUUGUUCCGGUCCGGGCAGGAAGCAGGCCAGGAGAACAGAAGAAGAAGGAGGAGGAGGAGGCCGGAAGGAGGUCAGUUUUACAGGAGAAGCGGGAGAACUGAAGCGGGACGGCCUGACAUCCAGGGGAUGGAGAAGAGGAUAUCAGCAGGUCCAGCUCUAAGCAGGGAAGGAGCUGCACCUUCAGACACAAAGAAGAGGAAGCACAGUGAGGCUAUGGAGGAGCAGCUGUCCUGCAGACUGCAGACACCCAGUCAAACCAGCACAGUGGACGGCGGUCUGCAGGAGGUUUUAGACAAGCAUAAGAUCAGUCUGAGCACGAGAUGUGAAUUUGUGACAGAAGGAACUGCUGCAGCAGGAAGUGGAACCCCCCUCAACAGGAUCUACACUGAGCUCUACAUCACAGAGGUACAGAAGGAAAGGGUUAAAGACGUUGCUCUGAAGAUUGGCGGAAAACCCAAGAUAACCCUCCAUGACACUCCAAUCAGGUGCCAGGACAUCUUUAAACCCUUACCUGGCCAAGACACACACAUCAGAGUAGUUCUGACGCAGGGCGUUGCUGGCAUUGGAAAAACCUUCUCAGUGCAGAAGUUCACUCUGGACUGGGCAGAGGGCUUGGAAAACCAACAUGUCAGUCUUGUGGUUCUGCUUUCGUUCCGGGAGCUGAACUUGAUCAAAGAUGAGCGCUACAGUCUUCUCCAGCUGCUCCGUGUUUUCCAUCCAACAUUACAGACGGUCACAGCAGAGAAGCUCGCCGUCUGUAAAGUGGUGUUCAUCUUUGACGGCCUGGAUGAAAGCAGGUUUUUAUUGCAUUUCCAGAACAAUGAGGUCGUGUCUGAUGUCACACGGACGACAUCAGUAAACGUGCUGUUGACAAACCUCAUCAAGGGGAAUCUGCUUCCCUCGGCUCUCCUCUGGAUAACUUCCAGACCUGCGGCGGCCAAUCAGAUCCCUCCUACAUGUGUGGACAGGGUAACAGAAGUGCGAGGGUUCACUGACCUCCAGAAGGAGGAGUACUUCAGGAGGAGAUUCAGUGAUGAGAAGCUGUGCAGCAGAAUCAUCUCACACAUCAAGGCGUCCAGGAGCCUCCACAUCAUGUGCCACAUCCCAGUCCUCUGCUGGAUCACUGCUACAGUUCUGGAGCACAUGUUGACUACAGACCAGAGAGGAGAGCUGCCCAAGAGCCUGACUGACAUGUACUCACACUUCCUGCUGGUUCAGACACAGAGGAAGAAGCACAAGUACGAUGAGAGGUGUGACAGGAGUCAGCAGGAGCUGAUGGAGACUGACAGGGAAGUUCUUCUGAAGCUAGGCAGGCUGGCGUAUGAACAUCUGAAGAGAGGCAACCUGAUGUUCUACCAAGAAGACCUGGAGGAGUGUGGUCUUGAUGUCACAGAGGCCUCGGUGUACUCAGGAGUGUGCACAGAGAUCUUCAAAACAGAGUGUGUGCUCCUCCAGAGAAGAGUCUACUGCUUUGUUCAUCUGAGCAUUCAGGAGUUUCUCGCCGCAGUCUACAUCUUCUACUGCUACAUCAGUGGGGACAUGAAGGUACUGAACACAUUCCUGGGAAGAGCCAGCAAUGGACAAUCUCUGGAUGUCGUCCUGAAGGCAGCAAUGCUCAGUGCCCUGCAGAGAAAAAAUGGCCACCUGGACCUCUUUGUCCGCUUCCUUCAUGGCCUCUCACUGGAGUCCAACCAGAGGCUCUUAGGAGGCCUGCUGGGUCAAACAGAGAGCAGACCAGAAGACAUCCAGAGAGCCAUCAACAACCUGAAGGAGAUGAACACCUACAAGUUAUCACCUAACAGAAGCAUCAACAUCUUCCACUGUUUGAUGGAGAUGAAUGACCUCUCAGUACAUCAGGACAUCCAAGAGUUCCUGAUGUCAGAAAACAGAUCAGGCAAGGAACUCUCUGCGAUCCACUGCUCAGCUCUGGCCUACAUGCUGCAGAUGUCAGAGGGGGUUCUAGAUGAGUUUGAGCUGCAUAAGUGCAACACACCAUUGGAGGGACGACAGAGACUGAUCCCAGCAGUGAGGAUCUGCAGGAAGGCUCGACUUUGUAGUUGUGGACUCACAGAUUCACACUAUCAAGUCGUGGCCUCGGCGCUGGAGUCCAACCCCUCCCAUCUGAGAAACUUGGACCUGAUGUUCAACCGCAUCCCGGAUUCAGGAAUGGAGCUGCUGUCUGCUGCACUGAAGAGCCCACACUGCAGACUGGAGACUCUGUGGUUGUCUUGUUGCCGCUUGUCAGAGAGCAGCUGUGCUUCCUUGGCCUCGGUUCUGAGGUCACACCCCCAUCUGACAGAGAUGGACCUGAGUGAGAACUACGAGCUGCAGGAUUCAGGAGUGAAGCUGCUGUCUGCUGCACUGGAGAGUCCAAACUGCAGACUGGAGACUCUGAGAUUGAUGGGCUGCCAGUUGUCGGAGAGCAGCUGUGCUUCCCUGGCCUCAGCUCUGAGGUCCGACCCGUCCCAUCUGAGAAAGCUGGACCUGAGUCGGAAUGAGGUUCUGGAUUCAGGAGCCAAGCUGCUGUUUGCUGGACUGGAGAGUCCAAACUGCAGACUGGAAUUUCUGGGGCUGAGAAGCUGUGGCUUGACAGAGAGCUGCUGUGCUUCUCUGGCCUCGUCUCUGAAGUCCAACCCCCAUCUGACAGAGCUGGACCUGAGUGAGAACAAGCUGGAGGAUUCAGGACUGGAGCUGCUGUCUCCUGGACUGGAGAGACCAAACUGCAGCCUGAAGGCUCUGACAUUGAUACGCUGCAGGUUGUCAGAGAGCAGCUGUGCUUCUCUGGCCUCGGCUCUGAAGUCCAACCCCCAUCUGGCAGACCUGGACCUGAGCUACAACAACCUGAAGGAUUCAGGAAUGAAGCUGCUGUGUGCAGGACUGGAGAGUCCAAACUGUAGACUGAAGACUCUGAGACUGGAUCACUGCGUCUUGUCAACGGGCAGCUGUGCUUCUCUGGCCUCUGUUCUGAGGUCCAACCCCCAUCUGACAGAGCUGGACCUGAGUUAUAACUAUGUGGAUCCAGGACUGAAGCUGCUGUCUGAUGGGUUGGAGAGUCCAAGCUGCAGACUGAAGACUCUGAGGUUGAAAAAUACUUUCAUCACAAAUGAAGGCUGUGCUUCUCUGGCCUCAGCUCUGAAGUCCAACCCCCAUCUGACUGAGCUGGAACUGAAUCAGAACCAGCAGCUGCAGGUUUCAGGAGUGAAGCUGCUGUCUGCUGGACUGGAGAGUCCAAACUGCAGACUGGAAACUCUCAGGCUGAAAAAUUGUAAGAUCACAGAUGAAGCCUGUGCUUUUCUGGCCUCUGCUCUGAAGUCCAACCCCCAUCUGACAGAGCUGGACCUGAGUGAGAACUACGAGCUGCGGGAUUCAGGAGCGGGGCUGCUGUCUGCUGGACUGCGGAGUCCAAACUGCAGACUGAAGACUCUGAGAUUGAAAAACUGCAGUUUGUCAGAGUUCAGCUGUGCUCCUCUGGCCUCGGCUCUGAAGUUCAACCCCUCCCACCUGACAGAGCUGGACCUGCGUGGAAACGACAGGAUGCACAUCUCAGCAGCGAAGAUGCUGUGUCCUCUUGUGAGAGUCAAGAUUACAGAGUGGAUGUUCAGAGAUUGAAGUAAAGCUGGAUUUCAGCAGACACCCUGCCAGAUCUAAGUGUUGACAGAAGAAUCGGCUUGAUGUUUCUCAUCCCUGGUGUGUCUUCUCACAUCCAGACACAUCCAACAGAAAGGUCCGUCUGUCUGAGGACAACAGGAAGACCGACAUGAGGAGCAGUUUAUUUUCACUUCAGUUCAACCCACAGGACGUUGUUACAACAUAGAGCAAUUGUAUAUGUUAUUAUUAUUUUCUAAAUGGUGACAUUUUAUUGUGACGCCUGGACCGCUGUAUCACAAACAUAAACCAAACUUUCUUUCCACAUCAUAGUACAGAAGGCGAACUCACUUGAUGUUUGUGUCCAGAGCUAAAUGAAACAGAUAACUCCCCUGGGUUAUGCUCAUGGAUCAGAUUUUGUUUUACCUCAGUAUUUAUUGCUGUGCUUUUAGCCCCUGUUAUGUUUUAUGUCAUCUGUUCUUUUGU